CGAUUUCUUCCAGUGGUUGAUCAAUUCUUUCGGCAUCACCAGCAUCUUGAACGAGUACUGAAUCGAUUUUCUCUUGUAGUAGUUUGGGUCAGAUUCGUCAUACAUGUGUUUCAAUUAGAGUAAUUCGAAGGACUUUAUUGUUGUGAUGGAUAAAGCUAGACAUCAACAGCUUUUUCAGCACUCCAUGGAACCUGGCUAUGGAAACGAGGCUGUUCCUCAACCAUUUAUGCAUGAUCAAACAGGGAGCACGAGUGCUAAUAUGCGACCUCCUAAUUCGAAUGGUUCAGAUGUUAAGCCUGUGCAUAACUACUCUAUACAAACAGGUGAGGAAUUCUCUCUUGCGUUUAUGCGUGAUCGGGUGAUUCCUCAGAGGUCUUCCAAUCCCAAUGGAGCUGCCGACAUGAAUUCUACCACUGGUUAUAUGGAGCUUAGAGGUUUAAUAGGGAUAAGUCACACAGGAUCUGAGUGUGCUUCAGAUGUCUCAAGGUUCAGCACUGUGGAAAACGGCACCAGGGAUAUUGAGAGGACGAACUCUUCGCUUCACGAGUUUGGAAAUAAACUUGGUCAUGUCCAGUCAGCACCACAAGCUUUAAUAAGUAAAGAUAGCAGUGUAGGAAAUUUACAUGGAUAUGCGUCUUCUUCAGCCUCAGGCAGUGUAACAGCAAAGGUGAAGAUCCUCUGCAGCUUUGGUGGGAAAAUACUUCCACGUCCAGGUGAUUCAAAGCUUAGAUAUGUUGGAGGUGAAACACACAUUAUUUCCAUAAGAAAGGAUAUAUCUUGGCCGGAGCUUAGGCAAAAAAUCCUUGAAAUCUAUUACCAAACACGUGUUGUAAAGUAUCAGCUUCCUGGUGAAGAUCUUGACGCGUUGGUGUCUGUAUCAUCUGAAGAAGAUCUCCAGAAUAUGUUGGAAGAAUAUAAUGAGAUGGAAAACCGUGGGGGAUCUCAGAAGCUUAGGAUGUUUCUGUUCUCCAUCAGUGAUAUGGAUGAUGCUCUUUUGGGGGUUAACAAAAAUGACGGCGACUCUGAGUUUCAAUAUGUUGUAGCUGUAAAUGGCAUGGACAUUGGAUCAGGAAAGAACUCAACCCUUCUUGGGCUGGACAGCUCUUCAGCAAACAACUUAGCUGACCUUGAUGUGUGGAACACUGAGGGAAUCAAUACCAUUGCUGGAGAUGUUGUUGGAGUUGGCGCAUCACAGUUGAUGGUAGAUGGCUUCCAACAAACGUCUGUUCAACAGUCUGAGUCUAUUCCACCAAGCUCAUCACUUCAUUAUUCUCAAUCUAUUCCUCUGAAUGCUGCAUAUCAGUUGCAGCAAUCUGUUCCGCCAAGUUCUGCUCUUCAUUAUCCCCAGUCCAUUAUCCCAGGUUCCUCUCUUCAGUAUCCCCAACCUAUUACGCCAAGCUCCUCUUAUCAGUAUCCACAAUCCAUCACACCGGGUUCUGCCACCUCCUAUGGAAUAUACCCGCAAUAUCAUGGGCAUGUGGUUCAACAUGGAGAAAGAGAACGGUUCCCUCUCUAUCCUGAUCAUAGUUCUAACUACUCCGCUAUCGGGGAAACUACCAGUUCCAUACCGCUCCAAGGGCACGUCAAUCAGCAAGGUGGCUGGGCUGAAGGGUAUCCGUACCCUGGCAACACACCCAAAAGCUCACAAGUGCUAGCAGAGGAGCAAAAAGUAUCACCUGAUAUGAAAGUUCGUGAGCAUGUUGAGCCUGAAAACUGUAAAACUCCCCGAAAUGAUCACCAGAAUCGUCCCCACAUAGAUGAUUUUGAGGUGAGAAAUCACAAUCAGGUCCGGGAGGUGUCAGUUGCAACAACUGCACCUAGCCAGGAUGCACAUUUACUGCCCCCUAGUAGAGACCCACGGCAGACCACUCCUGCAAUGCCUGCUACCUACCGUGAUGCUGUUAUUACUGGGCAGGUUCCUCUAUCUGGUAUUGAAGAUCAGCUUUCAACUUCAAGCAGUACCUGUGCCCCUGUUCAUAGCGACUCUGAGUCAAAUUUAAUUGAUCUUAACUAUCCGGAGCCUGAGCAGUCUCCCCAAAGGGUAUAUUGCUCAGAGAGAAUACCUCGUGAACAGCUAGAAUUGCUAAAUCGUUUGUCGAAGUCCGAUAACUCGCUAAGCUCUCAGUUUGUAACGUCUGAGUCACAAGCAAACACUGCACAGCAAGAUUCAGGAAAAGAAGCGGUUGGAAAGUCACAUGACGAGUUCGAGACCGUUAAUGAUGAUGUCACUCACCAAAAGCACAAAGAUGUGGAAACAAUCUUUGAAAAAGUAGGGGUAUCAGAUGAAACUUUGGAAUUCGAGCCCCUGCACAAGAUUGUAAAUUCUGACGAUGCAAACAAGAACAGACUAGUCAAUGGGGAUACUGAAAUUGGUGUUUCCAACUUGAGCCAUGUAAACGCAGCCAUGAGUCAUGUUAUCCCUGAAGAGCAAGCUUCUACUCGUGGUUCUGCUUCACUGCAGGGAGAUAUUCUUAUUGAUAUCAAUGACAGGUUUCCUCGUGACUUCCUUUCUGAAAUAUUCUCACAGGCAAUCUCAGAGGAUAGAUCCGCUGUUCAUCCGCAUCCUCACGAAGGAGCUGCUGUUAGCAUGAAUGUGCAGAAUCACGAUCGUAAAAACUGGUCAUAUUUUCAGCAGCUGGCUGAAGAUCAGUUUAGCCAAAGAGAUGUUGCACUUGACCAAGCUGAUUCUCGCAUUCCAUCUGACCAGAAAGAUGGUGGAGAGAGCUCCAGAUUGCCUUAUGUCUCGCCAUUGAGUAGAGAUGGUAUUUCAACAAACCUUGCUAAUCCUCAGUUGACUUUAGGUCAAGAUUAUGGGGGUAAUUUUUCUGAAAGGGAUGGGUGUGGCACUAGCACCAUUCUCCCUGCUCUAGAGGAUGAACAGAUGAAGGUUACUGAGAGUGAGGAAUUUGGUGCUAUGGUGGAGAAUCUUAGGACGCCGGAUUCUGAACCAAAGGAUGAAAAGACAGAAACAAGGCAUGCUGCGCUUCCUCCACUUGGCUCAGAGUUUGACUACAGUGGCUUGCAGAUCAUUAAGAAUGAAGAUCUUGAGGAGUUGAAGGAGCUUGGUUCUGGUACUUUUGGAACGGUGUAUCAUGGGAAAUGGAGAGGAUCAGACGUCGCUAUCAAGAGGAUAAAGAAGAGUUGCUUUGCUGGGCGGUCAUCAGAGCAAGAGAGAUUGACUGGUGAAUUCUGGGGGGAAGCUGAAAUUCUUUCAAAGCUUCAUCAUCCGAACGUUGUAGCAUUUUAUGGUGUUGUAAAAGACGGGCCUGGAGGGACCUUGGCGACUGUGACAGAGUACAUGGUUGAUGGUUCUCUGAGGCAUGUUCUGGUCCGGAAGGACAGGCAUCUUGAUCGUCGUAAGAGACUAAUCAUUGCCAUGGAUGCUGCAUUUGGAAUGGAAUAUUUACACUCCAAAAACACUGUUCACUUCGAUUUGAAAUGUGACAAUUUACUUGUGAACUUGAAAGAUCCUUCUCGCCCAAUCUGCAAGGUUGGUGACUUUGGUUUGUCAAAAAUCAAGAGAAAUACGUUGGUAUCUGGUGGUGUACGUGGAACCUUACCAUGGAUGGCACCAGAGCUUCUAAACGGGAGCAGCAGCAAAGUUUCUGAAAAGGUUGAUGUUUUCUCUUUCGGUAUCGUUUUGUGGGAGAUUCUAACCGGAGAGGAACCAUAUGCGAAUAUGCACUAUGGGGCAAUAAUAGGUGGGAUAGUGAACAACACACUGAGACCAACCAUACCGGGCUUCUGUGACGAUGAAUGGAGAACACUAAUGGAGGAAUGUUGGGCACCAAACCCAAUGGCAAGACCAUCUUUCACAGAGAUAGCUGGUCGCUUACGAGUAAUGUCAUCAGCAGCAACUUCGACUCAAUCCAAGCCACCAGCUCACAGGGCUUCCAAAUGAAAAACCUUUCUUUUUAUUAUGUGCAGUGAAAAGAGAAUAUAAGUCGAUUACAAAA